CGGUACGUGAUUGAAAACGCACGGUAAUGAACUGGACACCGGGUAAAAUAGUCGGAACGGUGAAACCAGCCGGUGCAAACGUUGCAGCCAUACCGGCACUGGUGCUCACACCCGUCCCGGCACCUUCAUAUUCACUGAUACAGCAGACAAGCCUCGCCACAGUUGUGCCGGUACCGGUACCAGCACCGGUUCCGAUAACGGGAUCAACAUCCCGAGUCGCAAGUAGCAGCAGUAGCAUUGCAAAGUCAACUAGCAGCAGCGUGGGAAAACUUCAGGGAACCGUUCAGAGUCAGCCGUCCGGUGCGAACAAAAUUCUCGGCACCAUAAAAGUAGCCGGCAGUGAUCAACCGGGUGUCAGUUCGGAUCAGUUGACGAAUCAAGCAAUCGAGGAAAUCUACCGGGAUGUCAAGAUCGGGCGCAUCCGUGCCUCGCAGGUCGGUGCCCUCGGGUGGCGCGGGUGUCCCCUGAAGAAAGCCAACAAACGCUUCCUGCACCGAACGAUGCGAUCGGUCAUGACACACAACCGGCGCGAAACGAUCCGAACUUUCCAUUCGUCGACGCACAAACUGAUCGAAAUGGACCAACAGCAGCAUCAGCAUCACGGUGACUUCCGGCAUCGACAUCGGAAGAGAUCGCGUCAUGAGGAUAAGGAAGAGGAGGAGGAGGUGGUUGAGGUGGAAGAUGAUGAAGAUCAGGAUGCUGAGAUAGAUGUGAUUGGAGCCAGAAAGGCUAGUGCUGGUGUGGUACGGGAUGCUGAUGAAGAAAUUGAGGAGGGAGAGAUAAGGUCUGACGAUGAGGAUUAA